CUACAACUAAUCCUAAUCAGAAUCAUGAAGGCUUUCAUCCUUUUCGUUGUCCUGGUUGCAUCAGCUCACGCUGCUCUCGGUGGACACGGUAUCGGUCUCCAUACCGGCUCCUCGGUGAAUUCGCGCGCCGAGGAUGGUCUUGGUAACUACAAAUUUGCUUAUAACGAGAAGCACGCUACCGGCGGAACUUUCCGAUCGGAGGCUGGAAACCCCUGGGGAGUAGUUGGCUCAUACGGACUUACUGAUAUUGAUGGACGCCAGCGUGUUGUGAACUACGUCGCCGAUGGACUCGGUUUCCGUGCCUCGAUCAAGACCAACGAGCCGGGAACCGCUCCUCAAGCCGCAGCUGCCACCUCGAUCGCUACCCCCGGCGUUGCGGCCAUCGCCAAGACGAUCGCUGCGCCUGUUGCUCUGGCUGCCCAUGCCAGUUACGCUGCCCCCGUCGUCGCUAAGGCUCCCCUUGGCCUCGGGGCUGUUGGAUAUGGACAUGGUCUCGGAUAUGGCCAUGCUGCCCCUAUCGCCCAUAGCUACGGAUAUGGGGUGGCUCAUGGAAUCGGCUACCACGGCUCGGGAUAUUAUGUUUUUAAGGAAAAUAUCUAUUUCAAUAACACGCGUUGGGCGCUAUUUCGACGUAAAUUUCGACCGCACAUAAACUGGGCGUUAUUAUACAACAGUCAAGCAACCAUGAAAGCAUUCGUUGUUUUGGCCGCCCUCGUUGUGUCGGCUUACGCUGGUCUCGUUGGACACGGUAUCGGUCUCCACACUGGCUCCUCAUUGAGUUCGCGUGCCGAGGAUGGUCUUGGCAACUACAAAUUUGCCUAUAACGAGAAACACGCCACCGGCGGAACUUUCCGAUCGGAGGCUGGAAACCCCUGGGGAGUAGCUGGCUCGUACGGACUUACUGAUAUUGACGGACGCCAGCGUGUUGUGAACUACGUUGCCGAUGGACACGGUUUCCGCGCCUCGAUCAAGACCAACGAGCCGGGAACCGCUCCUCAGGCCGCAGCUGCCACCUCGAUCGCUACUCCCGGCGUUGCGGCCAUCACCAAGACGAUCGCUGCGCCUGUUGCUCUGGCCGCCCAUGCCAGUUAUGCUGCCCCCGUCGUCGCUAAGGCUCCUCUUGCCCUCGGCGCUGCUGGAUAUGGACAUGGUCUCGGAUAUGCCCACGCUGCCCCUAUCGCUCAUGGCUACGGGUACGGAAUCGCCCACGGCGCCGGCCACUACUACGGUUGAACAAAUUGGAAAUCUGGGAAAGUAAGAUGUGUCACAGUCACUUGACCACUGUGCGCAUUAGGCGGCUAAAUUAUUAAGAAAGAUAACUACUAGAAAGCAUAAGAUAACAAACGGCAAGCAUCAACCAAAGCUCAACUAUACGCAUGGACUACAUUCUUUGAUAUCCUCUCUCUUACUUCUGGUGCAAUCAGUCUGUGGACCUUCCGCUCUGUUCUUCUUAUUGCUCUCUUCAAUUUUAUAUUCUGUGAUACUUCACCCUAUACACUAAAAUGCAAUAAAGUUGGAAAUAAGAUGGAAACGUCCGUUAUUAGUCAAAAUAUG